AGCCAAUGGCGGGCCGAGGCGAGGCUCUGUAAACAAUGCAGUGCAGUUCAAUGUUCCGCGGGAAGGUGACGUGUUGCUUCCUGUACAGAGACGCGCUGUGCCUUCAUUCAUCGCAGGAGAACAUACAGUGAAGGGGGAAGGUGGUCUGCGCGAGCAGCUGCAUGUGUCGAGAUGGAAAAGAACGGUCGAGUGCCAAAAACCCCUACAGCUGCCUCCCCAAGGGUUGCCAGCAGCACUCCACGCCUCAUGAGGACACCCUCCACUACUUCUGCCCCCUCCACUGCCUCAAGGCCCAGGGGUCUGCCAGCACGAGUCCCCAGCACUCCCACUACUCCCUUGGUUAGCCACAAGUCCACCUCUGCUGCUGGCACACCAAGUAUCAUCAAUGGAUCAGGAACUAAAAGGGUUCAAAAGGAAAAUGACUACCAUAAGACAGAAUCCAGCCAGGUCAAGCUAGGGGCACAGAGGUCCAGGAGCACAAGAGACCUAGCCGAGAGGAAGGAAGACGACACAAAGGAGAGAGACAGCACAGGCAGAAUCUUGACUUCAAAUUAUCUCAAUGUUCCCACUCCAAGGAGGAUGUCAGGAGCUAACUUGAGAGGAUCUUUUGACUCCAAGUCAUCUACACCAUCCAGGUCAUCUACAGGCAGGGCCUCCCUACCUUCCAAAUGCUCCCUCGGUCCUGCCACUCCAACAACCACCUCUUCUAGGCGGUCCGGGGCAUCAAAGGUCCGUGUAUCAGGCCAUGGUCAGCUGACUAAGGGAGGCUGCCCAAGUGUAACACCAGAUGUUGUUGUCCAUAAGUCUUGGAGUAAUCUCUGCAGUCCAGACCCUGAUCCAUGCAGUGGAAGAGCAGAAACAACUUCUGUAUCUGUGGCAGUGCGUGUUCGGCCAUUCAAUGCAAGAGAAAAGAAUGAUGGAGAAGAGAGGAGCAUUCUUGAUGUGUCGGGCAACACCAUCACAAUCAUGCAUGAGAGCAGCACAAACCAGUCCUUCACCUUUGACCACUGCUUCUGGUCCUGUGAUGAGUGCCACCCUCGGUAUGCCUCCCAGGAAGAUGUUUAUGACACUCUAGCAGUACCUCUGCUGGACAAGGCAUAUGAAGGCUACAAUGUCUGCCUCUUUGCAUAUGGACAGACUGGUUCUGGAAAAAGCUACACAAUGCUGGGAGAAGACGCCCUUCGUGAGAUUGACUCAGCAGCCGCUACCAGUGCUGGUGUGAUACCUCGCUUCUGUACCGACCUCAUACAAAGAGCUCAGAAAGUCCAUGCUCGAAACCCUCCUCAGGGCCAGUUGCCUCACAUGCAAGUUGAAGUGGAACUGAGUUACAUUGAGAUAUACAAUGAACACAUCUAUGACCUCCUGGGAGGUACGUCCUCGGCUGGCGGGGCAGAGGCCUUGAGGGUGAGGGAGGAUCCUCAGAGUGGCCCCUAUGUGGAGGGUGUUGCCUGCCACACUGUCUCCUCCAUGGACCAUCUCAUGACCUGGCUGAUGCUGGGGAACAAGGAACGCUCCAUCGCUGCCACGGGUCUGAAUGAUAAGUCCUCCCGCUCACACGCAGUCUUCACACUCAAGCUCACCCAGACUCAGACUGAAGAUGUUGAGGGAGAGGAGUUGGAAAGCAGCAAAGUAAGCAUCAUCAACUUAGUGGAUUUGGCAGGCAGUGAAAGGGUGGGUGCCUCACUCUCACAAGGAGACAGACUCAAGGAGGGAGUAUGCAUAAAUAAAUCUCUGCUAACUCUCGGGAAGGUGAUCAACGCCCUUGCAGAGAGUGAGGGACGCAAGAGGCCCUUCAUUCCCUACAGAGAAUCGGUGCUCACAUUUCUCCUGAAGGAAUCACUUGGAGGCAAUUCAAGAACGGCAAUGAUAGCAACAGUGUCUCCAUCUAUGGUGAAUAUUGAGGAGACGCGAUCCACCCUUCGCUAUGCACAACAGACACGCAAAAUCGUCAAUCGUAACUACAUCAAUGAAGAUCCUACUGCUAUGAUUAUUAGGUCUCUCAAGAAGGAAGUUGAACGUCUGCGUCUUCAGCAGUUUGCCAAGGUUUCUUCCUUACUGUUUGAUGGAGAGGAGGAACUUGGGGAAGAGCACACCCAUAACAGGAGUGACGAUGGUUACAAGGAGAAGAUGCUCACAGAUAAAGAGAAGGACAUCUUAGAGAAGGAAAAGGAGAUGAAUGAGAUCAUAGAAGCUAAAGAGAAAGAAAUCAUGCUGCUGAGGGAGCAGCUGAGGUGUCAGCAAGUCCUGAAUGAGAAGACAAAGAGCCUUGAGCAGCGACUAAAAGAUACAGAGAGGCAGCAGCAGCAGGCCCUGGAGACCCUCCGACGCAUGGGUGUUGCUGAGAGGAAUGAAGAAGGUCCUGUUCUGAUCAACCUUAAUGAAGACCCACAGUUGUCAGAGAAACUGUCUUACAGACUCAAGUAUGGCACCACCUGCAUUGGAAGCUCCCACUGUGACCUAGUACUCUCUGGCCUGCACACAGAGGACACUCACUGUUCCAUAUUCAAUGAUAAGGGUCGGCUGAAGUUGUUCCCGAGGCCUGGGGCAGAAACUUAUAUCAACGGAAAGCUUGUGGAAGGUCCAGUAAAUCUGUCUCACUGUGAUCGCCUUGUUCUGGGUGGAACAUACUUUUUCAAGGUCAGCAUUUCAAACCAAGUAAAGAGGAAUGCAGUGAAACCAAACACUGUUGAUUUCUACUUUAUAAAGGAAGAACUCUUGAAGGAGCAAGAAAAAAGAUUACAGAAGGAGGCAAAAGAGGCUCUGGCCCUGAGUAAGGCUGAAUUGGAGCAGGAAUUGGAGAGGCACAAACAACAACUGCUAAGUGAUAUGGAAGAUGCCCAAAACCAACUGGCUGAGAAGCAGAAUCAAGUGUGUGAGCUGGAAGGGGCCCUUUGGAUGCAGAAGAAAGAAAAGUGCUUGCUGGAGGAGCAGCUCAAUAGGGACAGGCAAUUCAAAAUGUCAAGUGAAUUGUCUCCUGAGUCUUCAAGUCAUCCUCAAUCAAACUUUUUGCAAGAGGUUGAAGAUGUCUUUAAUGAGUCUGUCAUGGAAGUGAGAAAAGAGUCUCCAAACAUUUCUCCCAUGCUAACCUUUAGGAUCAAAGAAGCCAAUCAAAUAUGUAACAAGCUAAGGAAACCAUAUGAAUUCAUGAUUCAACAAGUGCUGAGUGAAAAAGGACUGGAAGUUGUGAUAGUGGUGAAAGACCUCCACCACCAAAUGACAGCCACCCUCUCCCUUCCUGCCUUCACUGACAUGCUCCAGGUCAUGCGCAGCAAUGUUAAGAAUGAAGAGGCAGAUGUUUUUGAGAGUGGUCUGUGCUGGGAAAAAGCUGGGGAUGUGAGCUGUGUACCAGGUUUUAUCAACAGGCUCCUGGAGUGCCCAUCCCUCCAGAACUGUAAUCUAUCCAUUAAUUCAUCCUUUAACACAUCAUCAUCCUCUAUCUUCAGUGUCUCCAGGAACAGGAAAAAGAGUAAUUUGCACCACCUAUCAGAGAUGUCCAUCCAAGAGAGCAGCCCCCAGGACACACUUCCUGUGUCUGUGGCGGCAGCCAUUUAUCAAGUCCUGGAAACCCUGCCUGCCUGCCACCUGCACACACCUGUCACAUCCUCAGCCUGGAAGGCUCUCACUGACCUUCAUCAAGACACUCAGCGCAUCAAAGACCACACUACAGAGCCUGGGCACACCCUCGGUAAUGAAGAGUUGAGCAAAAUCCUCAUUCAGCUCCUUUGUCACAGCCAAGCAGUUGCUAGCUCUAUCUCUGCCAUAGCCACCUCUGAGGCUGUGGCCACAACACAAAGGAGAGACCAAAUCCAAGAUGACAUACGAAAAAACCUUCAGAAGCUCUCUAGCUGUACUUCAAGACUGUAUCAGGGUUUGAAGACAGAGACAGAAAGCUUAGUGGAGGAGACAAGUGCUGCCCUCAUUAAGUUGGCGCUCCUAUUGGCGCAGGAGGUGGCCAGGAUAGCUCUGCUUACUCCCCUCCCGUUGCCUGACCCAUCCUUCCUCAAGCCAGGACCCAUUAGUAGAAAACUCAUUGAUGGUCUGAAGAGUGGCUUGGAGUGUUUGAUAAAGGAGUGUGAAGAAACAGCAGCCAAGGGCACCAGCAGACUUAGAGGAGACAGGUCUCUGAACUCCAAUCCACUUGUCACUGCUACUCUCUCGGCAGCAAAUGACAUUGCUGAUUUUCUCAAGAAGUAUGCAGAGCUGGCAGUGACCAUUGAGCAUGAGCCGAUAUUCUCCUCAAAGGAUCAAAAGUUCAAGUUAGUGAGGUGGAUGGAUUGCAUAGAGUCUGUGGCAGAAACCCUAAGUCACCUAAAUGCAGCCCUCAUGGAUGUUGUCAAUCAUACCAAGUUGUCCCAGGAAGGGAAUAUCCAUGCAGAUUCUACUGUGAGCACCAGAGAGUUGUUGAAAAGAUUGAAAGAAUUACUGGGAUUUGCUGGGAUUGGUCUUCCUUCGGUGGGUGGAAGUUCUCUUCACCUCCUCCCUGAACCAAGAAACAACUCUGAAUUCGUGGAUGAACUCCAUAAGGAAGGUGUUCAUGCCAUUAAAGCAAUUGAAAAAUUAGAAGCUUUAUUCAUAGGUCAGAGCCAAAGUCUUGACUCCAGCACAGAGACUCCUAUUAAAUACAAGGAAAAGAUCCUUACCCAGUGGCCAAAAAACAGUGAUGAGUUCCAGAUGUAUCUGAAGCAAAAUUCACAGCCAAGAAAUUCACCAUCCAAGAAUUCUUUUCAAUCCUCCAUACACAGGGAUGACAAGGGAAAAAAAGUAAGGUUUAAUGUAAGUCAUACAUCAUCUGUAUCAUAUCAAGACUCCCACCAAAACUAAACUACUCAAGUCAUUUACUGUAAGUACCGCAGUUCUUCGGACAGAUUAAGUAACAUUUCUUAUUUAUAAAACCAUUAGCUGAAUAGGAAAGUGUUUUAACAUAUCUUAUUUUAACCUUUAUUCAUAUAUACAUGCUAUUAGGAAAUGGUUUUGACAGGUCUUACCCAAUUUUCAUCAGAAUAUUAAAAAUAGACAACACAGUAUUUAACGUUUUCUCCCAACAUACAAAACUAAUUUUGCAUCUACAUCUCAAUAGGAACAUUUUGAGUCUUCUGCAGAGAGAAUGAAAGGUGUAUUUUCCUGAUAGAUCAUCUCACAGGUUGCCUUGGAUUAGAGCUCUGAUUGGUUCCUCCAUGUCUGCCUCUUAGCUGCCAUGAUGAUUAGCCUGGGCCCUAUACGUGAGGCAAAAUAAUCGCUCUGUUGUUGUUGGUUGCAUCCUUUGUAAUAAUGUUCAUAACUGUUACUUAAGCAGAUGCAGCUAACCACAGAGAUGGAUUCAUCCACCCUCACACAUUGUGGUGGCUGGCAGACAGAUGCAUAAGAGCUGUCGGUGAGCUCUAUGACAAGGUAAUCGGUGAGAAGAUACAUGAGUAGCUGUCUGUGCGCUGUCACAUUCUCUGAAGAAAACUGUCAAAACUUUAGAUGAAAUAUGGCACAACAUCCUGUGUUUCCCUCCACUACUCAUACUACCCAUAUCGAUCUAUCUAUCUGUAUAUUAUGAGAGAGAGAGAGAGAGAGAGAGAGAGAGAGAAUAUA